GGAAGAGCCUGUAAUGGUUAAGACAUAUCUGACGUCAGGAAGACACACAAUGCAGCAUUCUCAGUGACAAAUAUUUCGUUCCAAGUAGCAGAAGGCAUCUGAUAAUACUUCAGCCUCAGAAUCUAGAGUGAUCCUUAGAAGAAAUCAGACUUGGGGAACAUUUGGUGGAACAAGAAGCAGAGAAGUCUUUGUUUCUCAGAUCCUCUUAGGUCUGACGUUCGAUCAAAGUCCUCACAUCAGCAGCUAACUAAGGAAAAAUGUGAAAUGCUGAACUGCAUUACAAAGCUACGCUCACAGAUCAUACAGAUAAAAGCAACAAAGAUACUGCUUUACAUCAGCAGUGGCCUGAGUAUGUUCAGCAGAAGAGGCUAUAUCCCAGAAGAUGAGGACGGAAGUGAUAGAAGGCAACAACACGAAACCUAGUGCUCCUCUCCUGGACCAACGGUACCCAAGAAUGGUCACUAAAGAUGGGCACAGCACACUUCAGAUGGAUGGUGCCCAAGGGGAAGGUCUUGCAUACCUAAAAGAUGCUUGGGGAACCUUAAUGGACAUGCGCUGGAGAUGGAUGAUGCUAGUAUUUUCUGCCUCUUUUGUCCUCCACUGGCUUGUUUUUGCAGUGCUCUGGUACCUAUUAGCUGAGAUGAAUGGGGAUCUGGAAAUUAAUCACGAUUCCCCACCUGCAAACCAUACUAUUUGUGUAAAGUACAUCACUAGUUUUACAGCUGCUUUUUCAUUUUCACUGGAGACACAGCUCACUAUUGGUUAUGGCACAAUGUUCCCAAGCGGAGACUGUCCAAGUGCAAUCGCUCUGCUUGCUAUACAGAUGGUAUUGGGGUUGAUGCUGGAGGCCUUCAUCACAGGUGCAUUUGUAGCAAAAAUUGCUCGCCCAAAGAACCGAGCCCUCUCCAUCCGGUUCACUUAUUCUGCAGUAGUGACACACAAAGAAGGAAAACCAUACCUAAUGUUUCAAGUGGCCAAUACUCGCCCUAGCCCACUCACCAGUGUUCGGAUUUCUGCAGUUCUUUAUGAAGAACGAGAAAAUGGUCAGUUAUAUCAAACUAGUGUUGAUUUCCAUCUGGACAGUAUCACUUCUGAAGAAUGCCCAUUCUUUUUUUUCCCCUUAACAUAUUACCAUUCUAUAACUCCAUCCAGCCCUCUAGCCAUUCUCCUACAAAGGGAGGCUCAUCAUCAUUUUGAGCUGGUAGUCUUCCUUUCAGCCACUCAGGAGGGCACAGGAGAAACAUGCCAGAGGAGGACAUCUUACCUCCCAUCAGAGAUCUUAUUACAUCACCAUUUCGCCUCCAUGUUGGCUCGAGGUGCCAAAGGGGAAUAUCAAAUCAAGAUGGAGAAUUUUGACAAGACAAUCCCAGACCUUCUAACAGCAGAUUCCAGAAGUUCAAAGAGGACUGAUAUGGAGAUUCGCAUCAAUGGACAGCAUAUUGAUAACUUCCAGAUCUCCGAGACUCGUCUGACUGAAUAGACUUUGAACAUUGCGCCAGUAUUUUGUUUGUUUGUUUUUUAAGAAUUGGAUUAGACUGUCAUGUCAGUGCCUUCAUUUUCCACCCCAUUUUCUUGUGCUGUUUUUGUUCUCUGAAUACCUUUGACUUCAAAACAGUGUUCAGAAUAAAGAGCAUAAUGUGCCCAUGUAACCUGAUGAGCCACUGGAUUAACUGCACAAAAACAGAGUCAGGGACAAGAACCAUUGCACAAAUUCUGGGAAAACAGAAGUGCUACCUGCUGAAUUCACUAGACUAUGAUUAAAACUGCACUGACCCUGAAACAAGAGACUUUCAGACUCACACAGCUCGUCAAAAAUCUAAUUACAUGACAUGAGGGUAAAUACUAUGGCAAAAUGGACAAAAACUAUAGUAAAUUAUCUCAGCUAAACAUAAUUUUCACGAGCAAAAUCCAAGAUCCCUCAGAUUCCUUCAAUCAGCCCUCUCUUGCUUUACAGUUACAACAGAAUAUGCUGAUGUCUAAACAUGCUAUGAAGAAUGCUGCUAGUAUUUUCUGUGGCAGUGAAAUUGCAAUCCUGCUGUGCUUGUUUAUUAAGGAAAAUCACAAGCAUUCGCUGAAGCUCUUUGUUCCAGCGGCUAAGAACAAGUUCAACAUCCGUAGGCAGUGUUUGUGAUGAAAGUGAAUGACAAAAAUCUUGACAUGUAGACUCUAGCAUUCUACAUCGGGACUAUUUUUGUACUUCGAAACAUGCAAUAAAUUCAUAAGGAUGGGGAUCUAUGAAUCUGUAUUUGCAAUUAUCCUGUCAAGGACAAUCAAUGCCUCACAUAUCUGCUAUGUUGCAAGUCAAAACCUCAGUGGUCCCGACAUCAGAAAGAUCUACAGUUUCUUUCCAAUAUAUCUACUCAGUUCAUACAAUACAGAGAUAAACAACAUUUGACUCUAUAAAACUGUACAAACAUGGUCUAAUUAUGAGGUUUUGAACAUAAAGCUCUAUGCCAGGUUUGCUUCAUGAUUAUUACCAGAAUCUUUUACCAGAAGUAAUGUUUUUUAUUAUUAAAAGAACAAUUUUUGAAUGGUCAAAAGGGCCACUUCUAUGGCUUCUUCACAUUUUUUCAGCUAGAGAAAGGUCAAUAACUACUCUGUAUUCAAAACCAAGAAACACUACAGAGGAUCACCAAAAUUGCAAAAAUAUUUUUAUGUUGAAGGAUAAUUAAAAAGCUCUUCCCAGAAAACAUGGCAUAGGUAUUAAUAUUUUUACUUUCAAAUAGUCAUUUAGGUACUGACUUGUGGUUAUGAAGAGCCUUACCUUUAGCUCUUGAAUCUGGAUAAACAUAUUUAUAUGUAUAUACUUGUGUUGAUGUUGAGAUUUGUUACCAAAUCAUAGAUUAUUUUCUAAGAAACCAUCACUCGUUUCUCCAAAUCUAAAUAACGGUUUUGCACCUGCCAGUAAAGAUUUGGUGCUGUGGUCAACUAACAAAAUGGUGAGGGCUAUGGACAAUAAGCUGGUCGCAGUGAUACCAACUGGCAAUCCCCAGCUGUUAAAAGGUCUUAAGGCAACUAAAAUAACCAAUAUUUUACUAGCGUUACUAAUGCUAAUGUUCCAUGUAAACAAUUGCUAAGUAGUUAGUAUUUACUCAGAUGGGAGGAAGUGCUUUUUGCAACCGAACAUAAUACAACAGGGAGUUGUGACAAUCUGUGUGUUAGAAGUAGUUUAUAUCUGGAACACAGCCAAACUACAGCACUAGACUGUCGUGUUCUCUUACAGGGUUUGGGAAGUAUUUAUUCCUUUAUCUGUGCUGAGGCUUUAAUUUUUCUAUUCACAGUGUACUGUAAUAAUGGCUUAGCCCAACGCAGAGACCGAGUAGCAAUAGCAAUCACCAUUUUGGAUUAAUAUAUAUUAAAUUGUAUUUGUACUCAC